GUGACCUGGCACCCUUGUUUGUCCCCAGCAUGCUACUCGGGAGCUGGGAUCUGUUCACGAGUGCCCACAAGGACUGCCCCAUGCCCCAGGGCACGGAGCCCCUGACCCCAGGCCUGCCCUCCCCCUACUCACCCGCCUUUGCUGUAGACCAUGUCACUGGCAAGGACAAACAGCUGGAUUUCUGUUGGGAUCCUUGGCAGAGGUGCCUCCAGACCACUAAUGGCUACCUGUCUGACUCCAGAGCCUGCGCCAGCAACUGCAGCGUGGCGGCCCUCGCCACAUCUUCCCUUGUGGGUAGGUUCUGGUGGCGCCUUCACGCUUCUCCGGGACAAUCUCACGGGAUAGGAGAGGAGGACCUGUUAGAUUCAGGGCUCCCUAAGCACCAGGUCCCGGGCUGGCUCUGGGGGUGCCCCCGUCUUCGUGUUCCUGCUUCUGGGUGGCCCCUGACGGCCCCCGUGUCCUCACCCUCCCUUAACUAUCCGAUCAGGUCGCCCUUCCUCAGCAGCAGGUCUGACCGCACGGCUGAUCUCCCUCCUGCGGUGGCUGCCAUGGCUCUCCUCUGCCACCCUAUCCCGGGGUUGCCCUGUGUCACCCCCGGAGCUGGGUCUCGCUGUCCCCCAGGGGUGGCCGAGCAGUUCGCCAUCACGGAGGCCACUCUGAGCGCCUGGUCUUCGCAGGACGCCGAGGAGCUGCGUCCUGAGGACAGCCCCCGGGACCCCGUCCCGCUCCAGGACCUGGAGAGCAGCUACCUUCCCGACAGCCUUUUGAGCGGCCCCUUGCCAGACGACAGCUUACUGGCCUUCUCGUCCGCUGGCCUCUCCCCUGACGGCUGGCCCUCUCCCCAAGAGCCCCCCGCCACCCUCCUGGCCUUCUCGUCCCCUGGCCUCUCCCCUGACGGCUGGCCCUCUCCCGAAGAGCCCCCCAUCACGGCUGCCAGCCUGCAGCACCCCAGCCCUGAGCAGCAGCAGCGCAGGCGGCUGCCUGGAGGCCCAGGGCCCGAAGGCCAGGACCCUCUGCAGGGCUCCCUACCCUCAGUGGACAGUGGCUCCCUCUCGGAGGACGAGGUGUUCUACAACUGAGCCAGCCAGGGUGCAGCGCCCACCCACACCUCACUGGGCCCGGCAGGACCCCCAUGCACAGGACCCCGGGACUGGGCCUCUGGGGCCUGUGGACAGGCACCCUCCCUGGACCACUCGUGCCUCGUGGGCCCGCCCACAGUGGGAGCGUAACCCCUUCUCUCCUGGCCUGUGGGCCCCUCCCUCUGGGGCUCCCAUUCUCCUGAGCUCCAGAACUGCAGUCACCAGGGCAACGGUCCCCACGGGAGCUGCCAGACAGGUCCCCAGGCAGAAGACAGACCAUGGAAGGGACCAGGAGUCCCCACGAAUGGGGCCUGGGGACCUGCCUGGGUCCAGCUCAGCCCCUCCUGUGUGCCUGGCCCAUCAAAGGUGGGUGGCCUCUUCUGGUAGCUAAGCACCCACUGGGGCUCUGUCCUUAAAGUGUCUGUCUGUCCCUCACCCUCUGGACCAGCUUCCUUGGUGCCCAGAUCCCUACCCCAGGGAGCCUCUUCCUUCCUCUCCUUGCGCCCCUCAACUCCCCCUGGGUUCUCUGGUGAUUAAAGUGGUGGCUAUGUCCUGAUGAAUCUGACCUGGUCUCUGCUGGGGAAGGCGUCCUCAGUACUAGGAGGACAGACAUACAUCCCCCCACGGGGGGAGGGCCAUGGGGCUGCCCAAGGCCCGUGGGCACCCCGAGAAGCCACACCCUGGGACCCCACUUUACCACCGAGGCAGGAGGGCUGGAGCAACGUGACAGCUUCAUAAACCCUGGUGGAG